GGAGUGUUGAUGCUGAUGGGGGAGUGUUCUUGAGAGAGUUGGAUGGAUGGAUGGUGGUGGUUGAAGUUGCGGUGGAAACCUGAAGGAGUUUAGGUCUUCUGUCCAGACGAUGAAAAUAUUAUCAAUCUAUCUCGGGUACAUCGCUGGUUUCAUGAUUAAUGAUCUUGCACUCAUAACCACUCCGUCAGCUGUACAUAAGAUCAAACAGCUUCUUAAAGAUAAACCUGAGCAUGUAGGUGUGAAAGUUGGAGUCCGUACAAGGGGGUGUAAUGGACUUUCGUACACGUUAGAAUAUACAAAAACAAAAGGCAACUCCGAUGAAGAAGUAGUUCAAGAUGGAGUCAGAGUGUUUAUUGAAAAGAAAGCACAGCUGACACUUCUAGGAACUGAAAUGGACUAUGUAGAAGACAAACUAUCCAGUGAAUUUGUCUUCAAUAACCCAAACAUCAAAGGAACAUGUGGCUGUGGAGAAAGCUUUAACAUUUGAAAUCUCAGGAGUAUUACCUUGGCUUUUAACACCAUGAAACACUUCUUCAUGACUUUCUAACGCUGUCACAUUUCUUCCAGGUUUUUAGGCUUUGUAAAAUGUGUCUGCGUUUCAAGGAAAAUAAAGUGAAUGCAUUUGGGAAAUGUAACCGUGUGUGAAAUUUCAGCACUGGUAUAUUUAUUCAGUCAUUUGGGGUGAAUUGGGCUCUGGAUGGUCAGAACAGCAAGGUGCACUAGCACUUCUGUGUUUUCAUAUGUGAAGGGAAAUAAAUCUCAAUAUUUCUCCUUUUCUUGUCAUUUCCCUCUCCUUCACCCCUACCAGCCACCCAAAAAGUGUUCUCUGAGAACACACGGCCUGUGCAUUCUGCUUUAAUUAGAAGAAAACUAUAAGACUGUAUAUGUAUGAAUAGGCUUCAGAAUUAACUUACCUUCUUUUGUGUGUGUUUUCUUUUUAAAUGAGUGUAUGUAUCUGACAGAGGUUUCCAAUGUCUUCACCCCCUUGAUACUUUGAGCAUGGCUUUACUGGUGAUCUGUUCUCCAAGGAAAAUUAAUAAGCUCUAAAAGGGAGGAAAUCUUGCCUCCUUGUGCUCAAAUUUUCAUGUUAUGUCACCAACCGAGGCUAUAUCUUGGAAUGAGCUAAUUCAAGUCUCCAAAGUUGUGCUCACCCUUGCAUUUUGAGUUAUCUGAUUCCCUAUAUAAAUAUUUUCCUUUCCUUGUAGCAAGCACAAUCUCCUUGCUGCAGCCAGGAAGACAAGCGGUGUGGUGUUCAAAAAUAAUGUUGCAUCUUCAACUGUUUGAAUGUUAAGGCAGAAUGUCCUCAGGCCUCCUUUUCCCACACCCCAUAUUUCUGUCUUUGCUCCCAGUUGACCAAGACAACAAAAUUCCUAAACUGCUUCCAACCCAGGUCCUCGCUUUUUGCAGUACAUGUAUGUAUUCCCCCUAUGCUGUCUGGUCACCCGACAAGGAAAUUGUUUUAUGAUGGUGGAAGGAAUUUUGUCACUUUCCUGUGGUCAUACUCAUGACUGACUUUCUGUCACAGCUUGAAUCUCAUUGGUAACUUGAGUAGAUGUUAGGUUUUCCCGUGUAAAGUUGACUCUAAAUUCUGUUCAACAGUUGUUUGAGGUGAAGGUAACUUUAUAAAAGGUAAAUUUCACUGUAGUUUAAAAAACACUUCAGAAUCUUUAUGACUUGUAUUAAAAACAAUGAAAUUAGUUCUUUUGUUAAACUGACACUGGCAUUAAUUUAAAGGAAGACAAAACUUAUUGCUUGGAAGAAGCCAUUUUCUUUGAUAGAAAGAAACUAGUUUAAUCCCCCUCUCGCUCAUUAAGAUCCUUCUGGCUACACACCAAUCUUCCCAACUUGUAUCAUUCUUCAGCACCUCCUCCCCAGCUACUCAGGCAUCAGUAAACAUCUCUCCAGGCUUUUCAGAAAGGGGAAAAAGCUAUUGUUGCUAGAGCAGUUGAGCUGAAAGUUAGCCAAAAAGGGGAGAGGGGGGACAAAUGAGGUGUAAAAGAGCUCACAAGGAGUACCUGGAUGCUGGCUUUAAAGAAGAAAGUUGGAGUAGGGGAAGGAGCUGGGACUGAAUAAGGGAUAAAGCCUGGAGAUGGAGCAUCCAGGAGUGAAUUCAUUCUGGAAAGAAAAGGGGUACUUGUGGCACCUUAGAGACUAACACAUUUAUUUGAGCAUAAGUUUUCGUGAGCUACAGCUCACUUCAUCGGGUGCAUUCAGUGAACUCAUGAAAGCUUAUGCUCAAAUAAAUUUGUUAGUCUCUAAGGUGCCACAAGUACUCCUUUUCUUUUUGCGGAUAGAAACUAACACGGCUGCUACUCUGAAACCUCUCAUUCUGGAAAGCUGUUUUUUGGUACUUGAGAGGGUGGACUGUGGACUGUUACCUGCUGGGGGAGUGGAAAUGCAGCUAGAACUGGCUGAGGGAGGAGGAGAUAAAACUAUGGCAUCCUCCCUGCAGUAGUCAGCACAGCCCACAAUAAUAGAAGGUUGAAGCUUCCACGUGUAUUGCUUAAUUAAUAUUCAUACUUGAAUUUUAAUUAUUUUGUAAUAUAUGCAAUUUUGAUGUAAAAACACUGGAGUUUUCCUUUAUCAACUGUCAUACACAAAUAGUUCCUUUGUUAAUGUUCUAUAACUACUAUAUAUAAUAAAGUAUAUGGGGAAAACCUGACAAUAAACUCAGUAGAUUUGAAUUUCUAAUGCCACAGUCCUCCAUUCCUGCUAAAAAAAAAAAUCAAGUCUAUGGGGUAUUGUAGAGCUAAUGUAUAAAAUAGUCCCAAUGAUAGACUAAUUCUCGCAUUUGUAAAUCUAUUCCUUACUGGAAGAUUUUUAAAAAAGAAUGUAACGGGUGGUUGGUAAAAGUGGUAUCCCUGUAUUCACUCUAACUCUCUGUUUUUGAGUUCUUGAGGACUUUUGCAUAUUCAUGGGUCUGUGUAUAUGCUCUGAGAGUGAAAGUUUCAUAUUCUGUGAAAUAGUCUCCGAAGAGAGUUGUCAUAUUUACUAAAGCAACUAACGCACAAUCUAUUAAAGUACAUUUAUGUAAAUGCUAAUAAUUUAUGUAUGAAUAUAGUUAAUCAGUGCAUCUAUAAUGUGUGCAGUACUGUCUGUAGAGUUCUCAGUUGUAAUAAAUAACUGCUUGUUGGUAAACAUUAACUACUCUUGUUUUGCACAGCUCUAACAAAUGAGCACUUCAGGCUCAUGCAAGUAGCUCAGUUAUAAUUCUAUGGCUUGUAAACUGAUGUUCACCGAGGAAUAUUCACUUAAUGUUUUCUAAGCACUAGUAACUCUGGAAAAAUAAAGUAGGUAUGUCGUAAGAAUGUCAUUUUAUUAAAGUAUAAAAAUGAAAA